GGACUCCAUGCUCCUAGGAGCGUCUUGGUUGUGCGCUUCCAAAGCCGCUGCAGCGCAGAGCGAAGGAGAAGAGGAAAGGCAAGGCGAGAGGAGGAGGAGGCGAGCAGCAGCAGCAGCAGGAGGAGAAGAGAUGGACGAGUCCUCCUUGCUGGAUUUGCUGGAGUGCUCGGUGUGCUUGGAACGUCUGGACACUACUGCCAAGGUACUCCCGUGCCAACAUACCUUCUGCCGCCGCUGUCUAGAAAGUAUCGUCUGCUCUCGCCACGAGCUGCGCUGCCCCGAGUGUCGCAUCCUGGUGGGCUGUGGGGUGGAUGAACUGCCCGCCAACAUCCUGCUCGUCAGGUUGCUGGAUGGCAUCCGCCAGAGACCCCGAGGCAGCGGCGGGGGAGGUGGGAGCAGCAGCUGCAGCAGCAACGGGAAUAGCCCCACGGCCAGGGGUCAUGGUCCUACCCCAGCUGGAGGGGGUGGAGGAGGUGGAGGUAAUGCCCCGGGUUCCCCAGCCUAUCACCCAGCCGCCGCCGCAGCCGCUGCCACGAUCUCCGGGGGCACCAGCGCCGCCGCCAGUCUUCGAGAGCUGGCAGCAGCCAGCAGGAGCGCCCUCCUGGGAAAGAAUAUUUCCCAACUUCCUUGUGGCAAAGCCCUCUAUAGCUAUGAGGGGAAAGAACCUGGUGAUCUCAAGUUUAACAAGGGAGACAUCAUCAUCCUUCGUCGAAAGGUGGAUGAGAACUGGUACCAUGGGGAGCUGAAUGGAAACCAUGGCUUCUUCCCUGCCAGCUAUAUUCAGUGCAUCAAGCCCUUACCACAAGCCCCACCCCAGGGCAAAGCACUUUAUGACUUUGAGAUAAAGGAUAAAGAUCAGGACAAGGACUGUUUAACUUUCACCAAGCUCAACGAAUCCGCCAAACAGCUUAUUGAGAUGGACAAGACAUGCUUAGCUGCUGCAUCUGGCUGCGAUGUCUCCCUGCCAUCUGACACCAACAUGGCAGGCAAUCUGGCCCAGUGUUCUACCUUAAGCAGCUCGGGAGCAGUCAGUGCCAUUCAGCGGCGUAUUGAUGGCAAGAAGAAUGCCAAGAAACGCCACUCCUUCACUGCCCUCAGUAUGACGCACAAAUCCUCCCAGGCUAUGAGCAAUAGGCAUUCCAUGGAAAUUAGUGCUCCUGUUUUGAUCAGCUCUAGUGAUCCCCGGGCUGCUACCAGAAUUGGAGAGUUGACUCACCUUUCAUCCAGUGCUCCAGCCCAGGACUCUUCUUCAGCUGGAUCUGCUACGGUGGCUGGGCCCCGGACAAGUGCAGUUGUUGGAGAACAGGGAACAUCCCCAAAGGUCCAGCUGCCCCUCAAUAUAUACCUAGCACUUUAUGCAUAUAAGCCACAGAAGAAUGAUGAGUUGGAACUACGUAAGGGGGAGAUGUACCGAGUCAUUGAGAAGUGUCAAGAUGGCUGGUUCAAGGGAACAUCCCUGAGAACUGGGAUCUCUGGAGUCUUCCCAGGAAACUACGUGACUCCUGUCUCCAGGGUUCCUAUAGGAGGAGCUGGGCAGCCUCGGAAUAAUAUUCCUGGAGGGUCUCCGCUGGCUAAAGGGAUGGCAGGAGCUGCUCUUCCAGGAGGUGGAAGCCUGACCAACCCAGCCACUACUGUCAGACCCAUUGUUCCACUCACUGCACCUCAGACCCAUCCCCAGCACCAGGCAGCUUCUCCUCCUUUGAGCAAUUGUCUGAGGCAUUCAGCUCAGCAGGCAGCCAGUCAGUCUCGAAGUGCCAUGCAGAUAGCUGCCCACCCUUCUGCUCAGUCUCAAGACCGUCCCACUGCGACAGUAUCACCUCUACGUACCCAAAGCUCUCCAUCCCGCCUGCCAGCUACGGGGAUCAGGCCACACACCAUCGUAUCUCCACAGCACCUCCACCAAUCCUCAAUUCAGGUCGUCUCUGGAGCACAGUGCCCCAGGCCUGUCAUCCCUUUGACAUCAGCAGCCUCGGCCAUCACACCUCCCAAUGUCAGUGCAGCCAACCUGAAUGGAGACAUGGGCAGUGGGCCCAUCGGUAGCUUGAUGACUUCCAGCCCAACCAACACAGCCUGCAAAACAGAGGAGAAAAAGAAUGAAAAGCUGGCAUGGAAGCUGGGCCUGCACAAAGAUACUCACAGCCAGCCCUGCCUUCCACAAGAUGUGCUUGCUCUCUUCCCCCAUCAGCAGCAAUCAGCUCUGCUGAUUCAAGACAAUGCUAGAAAUUAA